GCAAGGUGGGCAACCUGCCCAGUAUUGUCUGAUCCUUGUUUCCAAUCUGUGGGUAAUAACUGUUUUUGAAAAUAAAAGAUUUCACGCCUCGUUAAUGAUUCGAGCGCUCUGAAAUUGUUUUUAUUGCCCAUUUAGUGUAUUGUGUGUUUCAAAGGGGAUAUUUUACAAUACCUUUUGCACUGUCGAGCUGAAAGUUUCAGAACGCAUGCGUCAACGGAAGUGGAGGAGCCAUCGCCCAAGAUAACGGUAGUUUGUUCACGGUAAGUGUUGUAAGAUUUUAGUUUGACUAAUGGUAAAGUUAUACAUGAAGUCCGAAUGAGAAUCGGGAUUCUGAAUGUAUCGACCAGCGUAAUAAGUGUGAGGAUGUGGAGUGAUUGCUGAUGACUCAAACUUCAAGAUAUGGCGGUAUAAAUUACUACUCAGUGGCGAGUGUUUUCAAAGAAGCAAGGAAGCAGGGGUCAAGCGGUGAGCUGCAGAAAGGUUUUUGCAUUAAAGGCUGACUGAAGGACUACAACAUAAAACAUGCGUGAAUAUAAAAUUGUAGUCCUGGGAAGUGGUGGUGUAGGAAAGUCAGCACUAACAGUGCAGUUUGUUCAAGGUAUUUUUGUAGAAAAAUAUGAUCCAACAAUAGAAGACAGUUACAGAAAGCAAGUGGAAGUGGAUGGACAACAGUGUAUGCUAGAAAUACUUGAUACAGCAGGAACGGAACAAUUCACUGCAAUGAGAGACCUCUACAUGAAAAAUGGCCAAGGAUUUGUCUUAGUGUAUUCUAUAACAGCACAAUCAACAUUCAAUGACCUUCAGGAUUUAAGAGAGCAAAUAUUAAGGGUGAAGGAUACUGAUGAUGUUCCCAUGGUGUUAGUGGGUAACAAAUGUGAUUUAGAAGAUGAAAGGGUCGUAGGAAAGGAUCAAGGUGUCAAUCUUGCCCGACAGUUCAACUGUGCAUUUAUGGAAACUUCUGCCAAAGCCAAAAUCAAUGUAAAUGAUAUCUUCUACGAUUUAGUGCGGCAAAUAAACAAGAAGUCACCUGAAAAGAAGCUGAAUAAAAAAAAGAAGUCAGUAUGUGAAUUACUAUAAGAAAGACUGGACCAGUGCUGUGAUUGGCAAUACUGAACACUGUUGAAUGUGGCUGGUAUUGACCAGUUGAAGAGGCCUCUCAAGGUAUCUUCUCAUCGGUGAAUCUGUGGUCGUGCUGCUGUUUCAGAUUACCCACAAGCCAGCCUGGCCAUUAUCCCACCCUCACAAUCAGAGCACAAAGAAUUGUAACACAGUGCCAGUGCUGUUAGUUCCAAUUUAUUACAGAGAAUGAAAAAGAAUGUUCAAUGGGAACUACUGUAUUGGCCUAUUGUAAAGAAAUUCAGUGCAGGAUAUCCAUUAUUCCUUCUUACCUGGACUUCUGCAUUAUACCUCUUGAUGGAGAUACAGUCAUCCAUCCAAAUCUCUGGAAAAAGAGGAGGGGUCUGAUUAAUAAUUCUCAGAUUCAUGAAAGUCUGUAGUAGGUGUUUCCUUCUUGAGCCUGUGGUGUUACAUUUAAUUUUGUGAUCUGUAUGUUUAUCUGCUAAUGUUAUCUUUACUUGCGUCAUGUAUCAUGUGACAUGUUAAACAUAUUUAUACAGUAAAAAUUUAUGCUGCAUCAUUUUAUUGUUAAAUUUCCUUUAUUUUCUGUAUGGAACGAAAUAUUUGUGAUGUGCUUCAGAAAUUCUGGCAGUGCUUGUGUAUGAAUCUACCAAUACAGGACUUGAUUUAUAACUUUUUAGGUACAAAGUAUAGGAAGUGCAAAUCAAUACAAUGAAAAUUGACAUUUCUUAGAAAAAGUUAUUUUCUUCACCAUUGUUUAAAAUUGGUAUGAUGCUGAGGAGUUACUGCCAUUUUAAGUGUUUGUUACUGCUUUAUUUAUUAGCUCGUAUCAGUAUGUGACGAAUUUAGUGUUUAUAUUCAUAUACAAAUUGCCUCAAAUUAUGUUACAGAUCUAUCUUAUUAGACCUAUGGAAAAUAAUUAUACUUUCAUUUUCCUUUGUUUUUCAGUUUCAUGUAAAAUCCCUGGCACUGUGCCACUAGUAUAAAGCUUUUGUAUUACUUUUAUCCAAAAGUAUGUUAAUCUGCUAUAGUUAAUAUUCAUUGUAAAGAUUUAUCCUUGGAAAUAAGCAUCACAGAUUCCAGGCUAUUUAUAAAAUAUUAAAGUCAUUAUUUCACAUUUUGUGAACGUGAAAGUAGGACAGGUUUUUUUCAUUCAAGAAAUAUCCAAUAAACUGUGGACACCCUAUUGUUGUUAAUGGGCACUUUCUCCACAUCUUUAGUGCUGGGAAUUUAGCUGAAAAACCAAAGGUUUUGUUAUUUAAUUUUAAUUUAAAUUUUAAAUUAUAUUUAUCACUGUUGUUGAACAUAAAUAUUUAAUGAAAUCAUUUUGGUGGCUAUGUAAACAUUUUCCAUCUGCGAGUUAUGUCCAGUAGGAUACAACAUGUUUUCUAUUUGAAAAUAAUCAGACUCUGAAAUUAAAAUCAUAACUGUAAAAAUGUGCUUUAAUUACAGUUCCAAGUAAAUGAGCCGCAGUUAUUCUGUUUUUCUUCAGUGUAUGUCUGAAAUUUUUUGUUAAGUUUCCUUGUGCUUGAAAUGUCAUGUCUGUAUUGAGGGCUACCUAAUUUUUGAAUAGCUUAUAGAAAGUGCACCUCAAAGAAAUUCUCAAAAUAAAGGACCCUAUUUCAUUACCUUCAUAAAAUUCAAAUUGUUGUGGAGAAGUCCCAUUAAAUAAAAUUUAAAAUGUCCACUUAACGAAAUUAGAGGGACCAAUAUAAGUGGUGUUAAUGGAUGAUUGUUAAUAAAGGGUCCCAAAAUGUCAUUUUAUUUAUUUUGCUAUACAGGCAUGACAACACGGAAUUAAAAAGUUGCUGGUAUGGUACCUGUGAAGCAUUUUCAAUGUUCUCUGCAAAGUGAGGAGUAACCAUUCCUGCUUCUCUAUCAAGUCAUGUUGUAGACCAAUCAGAUGAAAGAAAAUUAGGUUGAACAAUUUAAAUUUGUGGCUUCUUGCACACAUUGCAGAAAUUAAGACUGACUGCAUAAAUUCUAGUUAACAGCACAGUUCUGUAACUGAUUUGCCUGAUUAAAACACCAAAAGUGUUGGAUGCAUCUUAUCAAAAUAUGAAUAAGCUACUACCCCUUAGCUCAGUGGACCUCUCUAUGUGGCAAAUUAAAUGCCUUAAUGGGAAGAGUAGCUCUUGUUAACUACUUAGAUUUGAGAACUAAGUUAUUUAUAGAUUAAUGAGAAAAUGGGCAUUUGGAAGAAGCGCAAAGACCAGUACACUCGCGUGGUGUUUCGUUGAGGUUAUGUGAAGAGUUGGAUGUGCAAAUCCAAGCAGCCAUGUGAUUCGGAUUCUUGGUCUCAAUCUCUCUUAUAAAUGAUGUAUUUAGAUGAUGUGUUCUAUGACUGCCUUAAAGAUGCUAAUAUUUUGUAUUGAAUGUUUUGCAUGCCUAUGUAAUUAAUGCACGCUGAUUUCAUUAAGAAAGUGGUCACAUUAAUAAACAGCCACAUGUUGAAUUAUUUUCAUUUGAAUUGUUGCCAUGGUUUUAAGAAAAUUACAGGAUACAGAUAGUAUAUAUUUAGUGAUUCUCAUUAUCACAUAGCCUACUUUUCCUGUCACUUCUUUCCUGUGCACAGCCCCUCCUUCUUUCCAGAUUGAGCAACAAAGCUGUACAGCAAUAUUCUUCCAUGUUAUGCGUGAAUGCAAGGUUGUGUGUUCGUCUAUGUGAUCCAUAAGUUGUGUGCAUGAUUGUAUAUAUUGGUAAUAAUAAUACUUUGGUUCAUGAAAGUAAUAAAUCUAUCCUGAAUUGAA